CAAAUGUCACUAACACGUCGCAUUCCGAAGGAAAAGCGGGGACGGCGGCGAAUGAAGAACCGAAAAAAAAAACGCGAAACACGUGUCCUCGUCGUUAGAGAUAAAAGCGUUGGGUGAAACGCUGAAAUGAGUUUCGUGGUUAACGUGGCACCUGUUAGUGACAGAUGAGAGAAAAGCGAUGGAAAAAUCAGUGAGAUAACGACAGCUGGAUCAUAGGUUAGGUAGUAGAUUGUGUUUACAAAUAGUUCAAGGAUGAAGAUGUUGAGGGAUUGGAGGCAAGCAUUGCAUACUCCACAUGUGUAUAGAGUAGGGAAUAGCAGCUUGAGGCUGCAGCACCAAUUUUUCGGUGUUAUUCUCUUGGUGGUUACUGUACCUUUCUUAUUUUAUUGUUAUCCCUGGAUCCAUGGAUCUGUGUGUUCUUCUCAUCGGACAGUUUCCCAUUUAGAAUUUAACGAUUAUUUAAAUCGCGUUUACAAUUCAACUUAUCCGCUAACACCACCUGUCAAAAUGAGUUCCAUAAGUAUUUCUUACAAAAUUGGAAUAAUAAGCGAUCUUGAUAAAGAAUCCAAAGACGCAACCAAAAAAAACACGUGGUUUAGCAUCCUCAAGUACGGACACUUAUUCUGGAUGCCUAGAAACAAUUUGAUAUCGGUCUCCUGGGACAAUGAAGAAACCAAGUUAAGUUCUACCCUCUCCAUGGGUGGGAGAGGUAUGGAACUUUCUGAGCUUGUUACUUUCGAUGGAGCUCUACUCACCUUUGACGAUCGUACUGGCAUUGUUCAUCAAAUUGAUGGCGAUCGUGUUAAUCCAUGGGUCAUUCUGAUGGAUGGCAAUGGACAAAAUUCUAAAGGUUUCAAAUCCGAAUGGGCGACCGUGAAAAAUCAAUUGCUCUAUGUUGGUAGCAUGGGCAAAGAAUGGACAACCAGUGGUGGUGAAUUUGAGCAUAACAAGCCCAUGUGGAUAUAUGUGAUAACGCCUAGUGGUGAAAAACGGUCCUACGAUUGGACCAAAAAUUACAAGAGGCUUAGGCAAUCGUUGAAUAUCGAAUUUCCAGGAUACAUGAUCCACGAAUCGGGCGCGUGGAGCGAAUAUCGACGGAGCUGGUUUUUUUUACCACGCAGAUGUUCCACAGAGCGAUACAACGAAACGACAGACGAAUCUAUGAGCUGCAAUGUGUUACUUAGUACGGACGAAAAUUUCACUAGUGUCAAGGUAACGAAACUCGAUAAUCAUGUGCCCAUACGAGGCUUCUCAAGUUUCAAGUUUCUACCAGGAUCCAACGACUUCAUCAUCGUCGCUCUCAAGUCCGAAGAAUACAGAGGCCAGACGGCGACGUAUAUUACUGCGUUUACCAUCUACGGGCAGAUUCUCCUGCCGGACGAGAAGAUCGCAGACCAUAAAUUCGAAGGCUUCGAGUUCGUGUAGAACAUAAAACAGAAUUCCACUACUUUCUGUUACCAAUUUUCAUGUAUUGAUUUUGGCAUUAAGAACAAUGUAAAUUGUGAUGUAAAUAUUGAUAUGAGAUAUAAAUAAUGAUUUAAAUGAUUA